UCAGGGUCGACGAUGGCUGUUGCAGCAGUCUGUCUGCUUCUUUCCAGCCUCUUUUGGAAGAAACAUCUGGCGCGCAAGAUCAGCGAUAUUCAGGCGUAAGCUGUGAUGUAGUAGAGCAUAGCCACGUGGGGAGCAGAAAAUGAGCUCUAAUUGACGCGCCGGUGACGUGCCGGCGGCAGGGUGCAGCUUCGCGCGUCCACGAGAGUCAAGAACAUCUUGCCUUCUUCGCGUCAUCAUGAUGCCAGCCACAGAAGUCGAGGUAGCUAUCAUCGGAGGCGGGAUCAGCGGGCUCUAUGCCGCCAAGCAACUUCAGCGUCGUGGUGUCACCGACCUUGUCAUCAUCGAAGCGCAGCCUGAACUAGGUGGCAGAGUUCUCAGCACGUCGAGCAUCAGAAGCAACGCCGCUUCGCCGACUGCUGUGUCCUGCUCCCUUCCUUCAUACGACCUUGGUGGCGCCUGGCAUUGGCCUGCGCAUCAGGCCAAGAUCAAGCAAAUCUUUGAGGAGCUCGGCGUCCAGACGUUCGCCGACUCGCACGAUGGCGACCUCCUCGUCGAGCAGUCGUCGUACCGCCCACCUACGAGAUGGUCAGCGAAGGAGCCCGAGUCCGUCUUUUGGAGGGUGCAGGGCGGCAUGACACACGUUGUCAACACGCUCAAGAAGGAUGUCGAAGACGCAAAAGUGCUCCUCAGCACGGCCGCGACGGCAAUCACAACUCUCGAUGGCGUGGACAAGGUGCGCGUCGACUGUUCCACCGGCACAACGAUCACCGCCUCGCACGUUCUGCUCGCCAUCCCAGCACGCAUCGCCGCAGCCAAGAUUUCAUUUGAGCCUGCGCUCCCGUCCUCCGUCCGCUCAACGUGGGAAAGCACUCCCACCUGGAUGGCUGCCCACGCGAAGUACGUCUGCGUCUACUCAACCCCGUUCUGGCGAGACGAGGGCAUUCUAGGCCAAGUCCUCAGCACCGCCGGGCCCCUCUCUGAGAUACACGACGUCACCGACCUGAACGGCACGCACGGUGGUCUCUUUGGCUUCUUUGCCCUCGAUGCGCAAGCUCGCGCAAAGCAAUCUGACGAAGAGCUCAAGAGGGCGUGCAGGGGCCAGAUGGUGCGCCUCUUUGGUCCGAAGGCGGCCGAGCCGCUCGCAGACUACAUCAAGGAUUGGUCGCGCGACCCAUUCAUUGCUACCGAGGCUGAUGCCAGGGUGGAUGGCGGGCGAGGGCCAGGUCCUUCGUACACGAUCGAGGGGUCGUCGUUGGAAGGAAAAGUGCGACUUAUCGUCAGCGAGGCGAGCCCGGAAUUCACAGGAUAUCUGGCCGGCGCAUUCAUGGCGGCUGAGCGAGGGGUCGAAGACAUCUGCAAGGCACGACGGUGACGGAGCAGCAUCGAAGAUUGUUCACAGUAGCAUAUUGACAGUCCAUACCCCUCUCAAGCAAUUUGCAAGCAAUCGUUCCUGACCAGCAAGGGCAAAGCUCAGCGCAGCUACUGAUCUCCUUCGGCGCUCUCUUCGAGAUUGUAGACCCAAAUGUUAUCCCAGCGUGUCCAGUCAACGGCGCAGUAAGGCUGAUUCUCGCCAGGGACGCCCAGUGCGGUCUGCCGCGUGUAGUUGGACUCCAUCCACAUCUUGCCAUAUCCGCAGAACAGGAUGCAGCCG